AUGUUCGGUAGGGGACGGCGGGGUGUAUACAUGAUUACAUGGUGGAACUAUGGCCUUGAAUAUGGCAGGAUCAACUUCAUUUUGAGCUUGUCCCACAAGGUUGCAAUCACCAGUAUGUCAGCUAAGGCUUCAGAACGUACGUAUAGAUGCUCAGAUGAUUCACAAAUGGCGUACUACAACAACUCGGUGCCUUUAGCAGAAAAUGGACGGUUCUAUAUGAUGCAAAAUCAUCUGGAUGUUCACUACACAUCUUCAGGUGAUGGGUCACAGAAAAUUAGUUCCAAUCCUCAAGUAUUUGAAGCACAGUACUGCACACUCGAAUCAUCAUCAGCAAAUGGUGUUUAUCCUACACAGAGUUCGACAUCUUCUCAUAGCAUCUCCCCUAUAAGUGGGAGCCCCCUGUCUCAGAAUGAUAGCCACUCAUACCACACAUAUGAUUCACCCCCAACUGCUUCAUGUGUUACCGAGAUACCGGAUUUCCAGAGUAAACUAAAGGAGCUAGAAAAUGCAAUUCUUGGACCUGAAUUGGACAUAGCCUCUGACAGCCCCGAGAGCUUAUUGCAAGCCAACCAUCCUUUGAAACAAGAUAACUGGAGACAGCUUUUGGGAAUUGACACGGGAGACUUGAAGCAGGUGAUCAUAGCAUGUGGUAAGGCUGUUGCUGCGAAUGAUAUGUAUGUGACAGAACUAUUGAUAUCUGAGCUAGGUCAGCUGGUGUCUGUCUCUGGAGAUCCAAUGCAACGCCUAGGAGCAUACAUGUUGGAAGGGCUUGUGGCCAGGCUCUCUUUCUCUGGAAGUAAGCUGUAUAAAUCCUUGAAGUGCAAAGAACCUACAGGCUCUGAGCUCAUGUCUUACAUGCAUCUCCUCUGUGAGAUCUGCCCAUUCUACAAGUUUGGUUACAUGUCAGCCAAUGGUGCCAUAGCAGAAGCUAUCAAAGGCGAGAACUUCAUUCACAUCAUUGAUUUCCAAAUCGCACAGGGGAGCCAGUGGAUAACUAUCAUUCAGGCUCUUGCAGCGAGGCCCGGGGGUCCACCAUUCCUAAGAAUCACUGGUAUAGAUGACUCAAACUCUGCUUAUGCCCGAGGUGGUGGACUGGAUAUGGUUGGGACAAAAUUGCAUAGUGUCUCUGCUUCGUGUGGCCUGCCCUUUGAGUUCAAUGCUGUUCGUGCUGCUAGCCAUGAGGUUUAUAUUCAGCAUCUGGACAUAAGACCUGGGGAGGCUAUUGUAGUGAAUUUUGCCUAUCAGCUGCACCAUACUCCUGAUGAAAGCGUGAGCGUGGAAAAUCACCGGGACAGGAUUGCAAGAAUGAUCAAGAGCCUGUCCCCUAGGGUGGUGACUCUUGUUGAGCAGGAGUCGAACACAAACACAAGUGCAUUCUUGCCAAGGUACUUGGAGACUCUCGACUACUAUACGGCAAUGUUUGAGUCAAUAGACGUUGCUCUCCCAAGGGAUGACAAGAGACGGAUUAGCACGGAGCAGCACUGUGUCGCAAGGGAUAUCGUCAAUUUAAUCGCGUGUGAGGGUGCUGAAAGGGUUGAGAGGCAUGAGGUGUUUGGGAAAUGGAAGGCUAGGUUUGCAAUGGCUGGAUUCAGGCCGUACCCGCUGAGUUCGGUGGUGAACAACACCAUCAAAACACUGCUGGAUAGCUACCACAGUUGCUACAGGCUUGAGGAGAGGGACGGAGUCCUUUACCUUGGUUGGAAGAGCAGAGUGUUGGUCGUGUCUUCUGCAUGGUGCUGA